AUGGACUCUUUUUAGAUAAAAGGUUUGAAAAUACAACUUCAUAAGUUUAGGGAUUCAUUUUUGUGUUAGUGACCAUCAAUAAGUAAAGGAAGCUCGUAAUUAAAUGUUAUAGGAUUCUGUGAGUUAGAAUAAGGUUAAAGCAAUAGUAUAAGAGAUAGAUAAUCUAGAGAAUCAGAAUCCAUUUUGGUAUUCAGAUCUGGCUAUAUAUUUGAACAUAGAUGAAAUUCAUAUAACAGGUGGAUUGAUUGAUCAUGCUUAGAAUGUAUAAUUGUUUAUUUAUACUUUUAGGUUAGCAUUAUUAAUUAGUAAAUUCGAAUCACUAAGCAUCUUUACUUUAAAAAUCUAAUAAAUAAAGAACUUAUGAUAACUAAUAUAUUUACUUCAUCUCCGCUUUUAAAAGUUGUUUUUGAAAAAAUUGUUUUACCAUCAAAUUAAACUACUCAAAAAACUAAAAUUUGCACUGUGAUAUUUGAACAAUCUAUCUCAAAUAUUCAAUCAAAAUCAUUUGAAAUUUGGUUAGCAGUAGAAAUAUCAUACUUUUUAAGAGUGCCAAUUAAGUUAAUUGUCUAUGAUAAACAUCUAAUGUGUUAAACUAAAUUAAUAGGCUAAUGUAAUGUAAAAGGAUAACAUUCAACUAUUGAAUUUAAUAAUCUAGGCAUUUAUUAACAAUAUUCAAAAGAAUUUUCUUUUUAUAAUCCAAAUCCUGUCAAAAUUGAUGUUUCAUAUAAACAAAAUGAAAAGAAAAAAAAUCCAAUUAGAGUAUUGUUGGUAAAUAGAAAUGAUAUAAAAUCAGCUUCAAAACGUAAAUUUUCAUUUGAAAUAUAACCUUUUUAAAGAAUUGAAUUAAAAGUUAUCAUUAAUACAAAUUAUUAUGAAAUACUGGCCAAUAGUAAAUUGGUUUUUAGAAGUUAAUAUGAAAUCAUUGAAAUAGAUGUAACAUACUCAGUAUAGAAGGGUUCUGUAAAUUAUUACCCUUCUGUAAUAACAUUAGAUCCAAGUAUGAAUUAAAAAAUGCAAUAAUUUGAUAUCUAUGUUAGAAGUACUUUUAAUGAAAAUAUUCAAUUAUUAUAAGUUGAGAAUCAAUAAAUUAAACAUCAAAAUAUUUCGUUGUUAACAAUGGCUACCAAUAUUGCUUCAAAUUCUAGAUCUGAUAUUUUACAUAUUGAUUAUAUGGGUAAACAAAAUUUCUAUUCAGAUUCAAAAUAUCAUAAAUAGUAAGCUAAAGAAUUAUUGAAUUCUUUUGGUAAAAAUAAAAUUAAGAUUUAGACUGAUGUCUUAUAGGAUUCUGAGAUUCUUAUUAAUUAUAGAUCUAAUUAAAAAUAUAAUGAAUAAAUUUUAAAGAAAAUUAUAAAACAAGAUACAAAAAUACUAAUUUCAUAAUAAAAAGUAGUAAUUUUAGAGAAACCAAACAUAAUAAUAAUAGUAAUCUCAAUUUUGAAUAUGUUAUAUAUAGCUAGUUUGUUAAGAAAUAAUAUAAAAAAAUCAUAGGAUUUAAAGAUUGCAAUGGAAGGAAAUGUUUUGUAAGGAUAGAUAGAUUUUUAAUCUAUUUUUAGGAUUCAAGAAUCUAUUUAAUUAUAAUUACAAAGUAAAUCUGAAACAAAUGAGGUUGUUUCUGAUAAAGUAGAUGAUAUUUAGGAUAUACUAAUACAAGAAGAUAUAAUGAGUAAAGAAAAUAUUAUUUACACUAAUUUAUAAUCUCAAAUUGAUGAGAGUUCAUCUCAUUUUAGUUAAGGUGAGAGUUUAGAUGAAGAUUAGAUUUCUGAAUAUUAGGAAAAGGUAGUGGAAUAAAGAAAAGUUUAAAAUUAAAAGAAUUUCAAUUUAUUUUAGAGAGUAGAAUUUACAAUUCCAACAUAAAUAACAAUGAAUACUCAAUCUUCUCAAGAAUGUUGGGAUACUAAAGAUCCAAUAUUUUUACCAUAAGAUUCUGAUGAAGAAAUGGUUGAUAAAAAUAGUGUUCAAAGAUUGGAAUCAAUGUUGAAUUAAAUUUAACAUAAAUUACCUCAAUUUGAAUAGAGUACUUUAAAGGUGCCAUUAAAAUGGAAUGAAAAUAAUUAAAUAAAUCCUUACUUUCCUAAACCUCCUCCAGGUAUUUGA